AUGUGCACCAUAGUAGCGCAAUCAGCUGUUCGAAACUUGCGUCUAUCACUCAGCAGAGCAUUUUCGGUUACAGCUACAUUAAAAAAAAUGACGACUGAAACCGAUAUUCCCACUUGGAAGAAAUAUGCUGAAACUAACACGCUUCAAAAAAAGAUCGACGUCUUAUCCAACAUAAGCAUUGACAACUCGAAAAAUGCCAGCUUAAGCGAGAAAAUUUCCAUCUUUUGCGGCGAUAUCACAUCUCUUAAAAUCGACGCCAUCGUAAAUGCAGCGAAUUCAUCCCUUAGAGGAGGAGGGGGAGUUGACGGGGCCAUUCACAGAAGGGCCGGACCGAAACUUCUAGAGGAAUGCAUCACAUUGGGUGGCUGCCCACCAGGAGAGGCCAAAAUAACCAAAGGCUACAAUCUCCCUGCUAAGCACGUGAUCCACACAGUAGGACCAAGAGGCGAGAAGCCAGAUACUUUGCGGAACUGCUACAAAAAUAGUUUGGCCAUAAUGAAAGAUAAGCAGUUGAAGACCAUAGCCUUUCCUUGUAUUGCAACUGGGAUAUAUGGAUACCCAAAUUUGGCGGCUGCUCAUGUUGCAGCUUCUGAAGUCCGGAAACAUUUGGAAUCUCAUGCAGAUGAUGUUGAUAGAAUCAUAUUCUGUGUCUUUUUGGAUGUCGAUAAAGACUUUUAUGAAGGGGUUCUGCAGUCAUAUUUUCCAUUAAAUUAAUAUUAUCAGCUCUCAAUUUUUGUUACUAAAAUGUAUGAAUAAAGCAUAUUUCGUUUCUCAACA